CAGGAAGUGCUGCAGGAAACCAGGAACCACGGGAAUCUCGACAUGAUUUGGCGCAGAGCCCUUUGCUAAACAGCACAGGUAUCCCAUAAUUUAGAGGAAGAUGGGAGACUCCCAGAGUGUCCAGAUACCAGGUGGAGGGACUGAAGGCUACCACGUCCUCAGGGUCCAAGAGAAUUCGCCAGGCCACCGUGCAGGACUGGAGCCAUUCUUUGAUUUUAUCCUCUCAGUUUGUGACACUAGACUGAACAAGGACAAUGAUACUCUCAAAGAGCUGCUGAAAAUGAAUGUGCAGAGGCCCAUCAAGAUGCUGCUGUACAGUAGCAAAUCCCUCGCUGUGAGGGAGACCACUGUGACGCCCAGCAACAUUUGGGGUGGCCAGGGGCUUCUGGGUGUCAGUAUUCGCUUCUGCAGCUUCGAGGGAGUUAAUGAAAAUGUUUGGCAUGUCCUGGAAGUGGAGCCAAACUCUCCAGCAGCCCUGGCUGGUUUGAAGGCUUACGUUGACUACAUUAUAGGGGCGGACACCGCCAUGAAUGAGAGCGAAGAUCUUUUUUCCCUCGUUGAAACACAUGAAGGGAAGGAGCUGAAGCUUUAUGUUUACAACACGGACACAGACAACUGCCGGGAGGUGGUCAUCACUCCAAACCCUGACUGGGGUGGAGAAGGCAGUCUAGGAUGUGGGAUUGGCUUUGGCUACCUGCAUAGGAUACCUACACUGCCAUUUACAAAAGGUAAGAAGAUCAGUUUCCCUGCACAGACUGAUGAUGAAGCAGGCUCUACACCUAAAGAUGGCUUCACAGAGGUCCCUCUCUCUGCUGUCAUUCCAACCAUUCCAGUUGUUGUGUCAACUUCUCCUUCAACUGGGUUAGAGCAGUCUCUCACCAGCUUAUCGGUCAGCUCUGGCCCAACUGCUGUUUUGAGCAGUUGCCCGACAGGAGCUCCCUUUGUCCCACUUCUCAACCAAGUAACCCCCUCACAGAGUGUUCCACUGGCUCUCAACCCUGCUCCAGCAGUGACAGGCUUAAUGCCCCUUCCUGGAAGUCUUCCAGCCUUUACUAAUACUGCCUUGUCAGAUGUGGGUCAUGUACUGCCACAUGGAGUUGGGUUACAUCAUGCAGGUCCUUCACCUCUUCUACCCCUCACCCUGCCUGGUGCAGUCUCCAAUGCAACUCUGCCUCCGUCUGACUUUGUGUGUUCAGCCAUCACGAUUCCUACAGACUUGGCCGUUGGACACAAUGCCACAUCUCGCUCUUCCACUAUCCAGAUGAACAGUUCACUGACACAAACCCCCAAUCCAUCAUCAAUGUCCAACUCUGGAUCAAUAAAUAUCACAAUGUGUAUGGACAAAGCACAAAGCGCCACCUAAAGAUAUCACUAUAAUCUGUCUAUUUGCACAAAAGUUCCUCUUUUACAGGAAUUUUAAGUGUAUGAUUUAAGUGCGGGAUGCUGGAUCUAUACUUCUGGUCUGCUGAAGUGCAGCAAAGCCCAGUCUUGUUCUCAACCUUUCAGCUCAGUUCACAUGGUUUAUGUACAAAAUAAAAAUAAUACUAAGAUAUGCUUUUUAACUUUUACCAAAAUUGGUUCUAUAAUGUGUAAAACCUCAAGUAUAUGUCAGUAUCAGUAUCUUGAGGGUAAAUUUACUAAAAAGAUCUUAAAGACAAUGAAAAGUCAUGCUGCAAUUUUUCUUUAAACAAAGAAAAA